AUGGCGGCAUUACGCAUCAACCAAAUACUCCACACCGUGACAUGGAGAAUAUGGUUGUUCGAGAGAAGGACAUCAGUAAGAUUGUCACAUAAAAGUGUGGGAGGGAAGAAAGUUACACCAAGUUCUUUGAGCAAUGAUUCAAGCCACAUAAGUUCUGAAUUAGUCAAUUAUAUUCAAAAGAUUAUUAGGUGCUUUUCUUCAAACUACUCAGUAGCUUGCAUGGGAACAAAACAAACAAAGUCUACUCCCGAAAUUGUGAUUGAUAUGGAGCCGGAUAGACUUAGUUCGUUACCAGAUCAUGUUAUAGACAAGAUUCUGUCAUGCUUGCCGAUUAAAGAAGCAGUCGGAACAAGUGUUUUAUCUAGCCAAUGGAAUAACCAAUGGUACACAGUUUCACGUCUUGUAUUUGAUACAGAUUGUGUCUCUAUGUCACAUUCCGAAGACCCUACUCUUUUCAAUAGCAAGUUCUUGCAAAUCGUUAAUCAUGUACUUUUGCUUCAUUCUGGGCCAAUCAUCAAGUUCGAGAUCUGCAACUAUAACGACAGUUUCACUAUUGUGAUUCCUAAGAUUGAAAUUGAUCGCUGGAUUCAUCAUCUAAUUGGAAGAUCGGUUCAAAAGCUUGUACUAGAAGUUUGGAUAGAAAAAGGCUAUCAGAUACCUUGCCGCUUAUUCUCUUGUCAAAGCUUGCGUACUUUAAAAUUAUUUUGGUGUUCGGUUAAACCUCCAACAAAGUUUAAAGGUUUCAAGAACUUGAAAACUCUUCAGCUCGAAGAGAUUACUAUAUCCCAAGAUGCUUUUGAAAAUUUGAUAUCCGGCUGUCUUUUGCUAGAAAAUUUGAUAUUGGCAAAUCUUGACGGUAUCACCCAAAUUAAUAUUCAUGCACCAAAUCUUAAAUUUCUUGAAAUUUUGGAUACAUUUGAGGAUAUAAGCUUUGAUGAAACUUUUCGAUUAACUGAUGUGUAUGUCAGUUUAAGUUCGUAUUUGAAUUCUGAAAGCAAUCAAAGUAGAUUGCAUGGAGGCUCUAGCAAUUUGCUUAAAUUUUUCGAUCAUCGACGUCACAUACAGGACCUAGAGAUUAAUAAUUAUUUUUUAAAGUAUUUGACUGCAGGUGUUGUGCCGGUGAAGCUUCCUACUCUUUUAAAAAGGCUACUUUCUCUUUCUAUAUGCAUAAACUUUGAUGAUUUGAAAGAAAUUUCGGCUGCUCUUUGCUUGCUCAGAAGUUCAUCUAAUCUUCAAACAUUAGAAAUUUCUGCAAGGAUUGAGCAGCAUAGUGCUCCUUUGACACCUAUCAAUGACAUCUAUUGUUGGGAAGAAAUAUUUUUGAAGCCAGAAACACCCAUUCAAGUACGAAAUGUGAAAAUAAAAAACAUUUCUGGCUUUCAACUUGAACUCGAUUUUAUCAGAUUUCUACUUCUCAAUUUGCCCGUGCUAAAAAAAAUGACAGUGAAGCCUAUUGUAAAUGUUAGACCAGAGUUGGUUACCGGACUAAUUCGUUUUAAAAGAGAGUCAAGAGAUGCUGAAGUUAUUUACAAUGUGGAAGACUCUGAUGAUGACUAA